CUUUAUCACGCAUCUUGCAUCGGAGACACUUCACUCCCAUUGAAUAAAUGUCGGCUUGAUGACCAUUAAAAAGGGUGGUUUGAAGCCAUACCGUGGAAAAACUAUUUUCCUAACAACAGACCCUGACGCUACUGCCACAAGUCUGCUCAAUCAAGCUGUUAAAAAAAUGAAGGACUUUAACAAAGAUCUAAAAGAUGGACCUUUCCUUCUUCUGUAUCCGGAUGGCACUGAGGUCAUUACUGUCCCUGGAACACAAAGACCAUUUACACUUGAGGCUUAUAAGGCUGAAGUUGGCAAGCCUUAUCAAAGAAUCACUGUUUUCAUCUGCUUGAAGAGUGACUUUGAAGAUGUUGGAGAAAACUCAGACUUGUCUGACUCUGACCCAGAGAUUGUUAUUAAAAGGCCCUCUGAGUUUGAUCUUGCUGAUACACUGCCAUGGGAACUUCAACAUGAAAGCAGUCCUUUACAGAAAGCGGCAGAAUAUGAGAAGGGUGCUGGGGAUCUUGUGCUUGCUAAUGAAGUACAACAGGUCAUAGAUUUGGAAGAAGAAAACGAUACAGGCACUACUGAAUGCCUCACUGUCGAGAGCUCCUGUUACAGAAACUACACACAGCUGUUUGAUCCGAUUGUGAUUGAUGAUGAAGAUCCUACUCCUAACGAAGCCAAAGCUGAGCCCCCAGAAGAACCUGUAGACACCAAUUUGCAGGCACAUGAAAUUAUUGCAAAUUUGGCACUGGAACUUGACCACAAGAAGGUCAGCAGGUUCAAUAUAUCAAGGUCAGCUGUAUGGGAUGGAGCUGUUAGAGGAUUUCGACGCAGCACAUACUCUGACAACUACGACAUGUUCAUCAAGUUUAAUGAUGAUGCUGGCAGCUUUGAAGAAGGUUUGGAUACAGGUGGCCCGAGGCGUGAAUUCCUCACACUUCUUAUGGGCAGUCUGAGAAAUCGCCCCAUCUUUGAUGGACCUCCAGAGAGCCGUUAUCUUGUAUAUAAUUCAAGAGCUGCCAGAGACACACCAAACUAUACAUCCAAGUACUGGUUUCCAUAA